AUGUAUAACUCAAUCUACGGUUCCCCCUUUCCUAAAAUAAAUCCAAAGGUUCGCUACAAAACGGCGCUGGAGAGAGCAGGGUUUGACACUAAGCCACGCAAUCCAUUCAGUAGCCAGAGGAAUGCUUCCACUGGAAGUUUACAACCUUCUGUGAGGUCGUCGCCCAUAACCCGUCAAAGAAAUGUAUCCACUGCACCAUCUGUUCCGGUUACGACGAAGAGUGCGUAUACUGCGUCUUCAAAGAGUGCUUAUUCAUCCGUAAAGGGCGAGUCUGGUAUUUAUCCGCCGCCCGUACUGGAGAAAAGUGAGAGGCAGAGUGCAAUUUCUUCAAAGAAUAGCAAUUUUAGGUCUUCGAGGCCCGCUGACAUAUCACUUCCUAUUUCCAGACCUAGUGAGCGUGCUUCACAGGAGGAUCCCUUCCGUUUUGAACGCGACUUAGACCGUCGGGAGGAACAAUAUGCUUCUUCUAGACAUGCAAGUAGAUCACCUGCUAACAUGGAUUCCCGGGUUGCAGAUAACUCCCCUUUCAAUUUUGAACAAGAGGGUGCUGGUAGUAGUGAAAGGGAACAAGAUUUGAGCCCCAUUGAAAGAAGUUUUAUGAUUUUGACUCAAAACGACACUGCAAGCCUUGUAAAUUCUAUGAAUCAAACCAAUAACAGAAGUGUUCUCGACCAAGAAUUCGAAAAUGAGCAGCUAAAAGAAGAAAGCUCAAUUGAAUAUCAGAAGGCGGAAAAAGAAGAGAAAGAAAAUGAUGUUGAAAGUCUUAAUUUCGAGCCAGAUCCUAAACUACAGGUAAAUUUCGAAAAUGAGUCACUUCAAAAAGAUUUUCCAGAAGCACAAGAAGACGAAAAAAACACAGUGUCUAAUAUUCCAGAAAUAAGUGUUACGAGGGAAAGUACUACACCGUCCUUAUUAAUCGACACAAUAGACUCUAGGCUAUAUCCUCAUGAUAAUUUUGCUGGCCUAGAAUCUUCAAACGAAGAAAAAUUACCUGAUAUUUCGUCAUUGUCCACAAAAGUCGAAGAGUUAAGUCUCAGUGGUUCAAAUGAGAAACGUCUUUCAACAACCUCAUCAGAAAAUGUGGAAACACCAUACACUGCUACGAAUCUCCAAGUUGAACAGCUAAUUGCUCAAUUAGACGACGUCUCACUAUCUAGAAAUGCUAAGCUCGAUAUGAACGGCAAUUCCCUGAAUGUAGUGGAUAGAAAAGCUUCUAGAUUCAAAAAGUCAAGCGCAUAUUUAUCUGGGUACCCCAGUAUGGAUAUGCCUGUAACUCAGCAAACAUCCAUUAUGCAAAACAGCGAUGCGAACUUAUCCAGGCAAACUAUUCUGGUGGAUAAAGAUGAUGUUGAUAAAGAUGAUGCUGAUAAAGAUGUACCAUCUGCUUCUACAACCAAUGGUGGCACGCCUAUAUUUUACAAGUUUAAACAGUCAAAUGUACAAUCCUCCAAUGAUGAAGGGAGCGGUUUGCAAGAAACUUUCAAAACGAAACUCCCUACAAUUGAAGCUCUACAACUACAGCAUAAGUCCAAUAUAACAGAUUUGAGAGAAGAAAUUGAUAAUUCCAAAUCGAAUGAUUCUCAUAUGCCAGCUAAUGGCGGAUCUACGGGAUACAACUCUGAUGCAGAUUAUAAAGAAACGGAGCCCGUAGAGUUUAAAUAUCCGCCUGGGGAGGGACCUUGCAGAGCAUGUGGCUUAGAAGUCACAGGGAAAAGAAUGUUUUCCAAAAAGGAAAAUGAACUGUCAGGUCAAUGGCAUCGUGGAUGUUUUAAAUGCAUCGAAUGUGACAUCAAAUUUAAUAAACAUGUUCCCUGCUAUAUUCUAGGGGAUGAACCAUACUGUCAAAAGCACUAUCACGAGAAGAAUCACAGUAUUUGUAAAGUUUGUUUAAAUUUCAUAGAGGGCGAAUGUCUGGAAAAUGAUAAGGUGGAACGGUUUCACGUGGAUUGUUUAAACUGUUUCCUAUGCAAGACUGCUAUUACCAACGAUUAUUAUAUAUUCAACGGGGAAAUUCCAUUGUGCGGUAAGCACGACAUGGAAGCUCUUUUGAAGGAAGGUAUCGACAAUGCUACACCAAGCAAUGAUAAGAACAACACCCUCUCCAAAAGGAGGACAAGACUCAUCAACUUCAACUAG